AUGGGGUUUAAUGUGGGUGAUGAGAUUUUUAAGGAUAUGAAUUUGCCCAAGUUGUUGGUCGAUGCGAACCCUUUCAAUUUAUCGAUUUCGGUUUGUGGCGAAAUGAUAACAGUGUUUCAAUAUGACAAUAGGCUGAAGAGUAAAAGAUGUUCUGUGUGGAUUAUGAAGGAGUAUGGUGUGGUGGAGUCUUGGAGCAAGCAAUUCACUAUUGAGAUUCUCUUGGAUUUAGGACGAAUGUUUCAUAAGAUCUUUGUUGGCAAUCUUUGUGGGAAUUGGUUGCGCAGACUAUUCUUACGUUUUCUAAAAAAUAAUGGUCUCGCUUCUGAAACUACUUAUCCCUAUGAGGGAACCGAUGGCACUUCCAACGCCAACAAGGCAGCAAACCAUGUAGCCAAGAUUACUGGGUAUGAAGGUGUCCCUAACAAUAGUGAGAGUGCAUUACUAAAAGCUGUUGCCAAAAAACCAAUCUCUGUUGCCAUUGAUGCUGGGGGUUCUGACUUCCAAUUCUACUCGAGUGGCGUCUUUAGAGGGGAUUGUGGCACUGACCUAGAUCACCGUGUUAUUGAUGUUGGUUAUGGGACUGCCAACGAUGGGACUAAGUAUUGGCUAGUGAAGAACUCAUGGGNCAAUUAUGAUCUUUGUGGGAAUUGGUUGCGCAGACUAUUCUUACGUUUUCUAAAAAAUAAUGGUCUCGCUUCUGAAACUACGUAUCCCUAUGAGGGAACCGAUUGCACUUCCAACGCCAACAAGGCAGCAAACCAUGUAGCCAAGAUUACUGGGUAUGAAGGUGUCCCUAACAAUAGUGAGAGUGCAUUACUAAAAGCUGUUGCCAAAAAACCAAUCUCUGUUGCCAUUGAUGCUGGGGGUUCUGACUUCCAAUUCUACUCGAGUGGCGUCUUUAGAGGGGAUUGUGGCACUGACCUAGAUCACCGUGUUAUUGAUGUUGGUUAUGGGACUGCCAACGAUGGGACUAAGUAUUGGCUAGUGAAGAACUCAUGGGGCACAAGUUGGGGUGAAGAGGGGUAUAUACGGAUGCAAAGAGACGUCGAAGCAAAAGAAGGCCUUUGUGGUAUUGCAAUGCAGGCUUCAUAUCCCACUGCCCAAGUUCAAAUCCUACAACAUGACUGGCUAUGUAAAUAA